UAACUCAAGUACAGAAUUUAUUACCGUAGUGUUUUGUUCUAAAGUUCACUUCUCUCAGUUGGACUCCUGGCAGAGAACAUGGCCUCUGUCUUCUUUUCUGUUGCUUUCCUUGUCAUUUCAUUAAUAUGGAGUUUGCAGGUUGAGGCUGCUCCUUCUUCACAUGGCAUUGUUGUAGACGCAGGAGCGCUGAGACAGGAUAUUCUGGACAUAAACCUAGCAGCAUCCAAAAGACACCUCUUUGAAGGAGAUAUUGCACUUCCCCCAGAACGAAAUGGACUGAGAGAUGAAUCAACAAGAUGGAAAUUCCCAAUUCCUUAUAUCCUUUCUGAUACGUUAGAACUAAAUGCAAAAGGUGUCAUUCUGCAGGCCUUUGAAAUGUAUCGUCUAAAAUCAUGUGUUGACUUUAAACCUUAUGAAGGGGAAAGCACAUAUUUAUUCUUUCAGAAGUUAGAUGGGUGCUGGUCUUUUGUUGGAGAUUUUCAUGAAGGCCAAAAUGUUUCUAUUGGAGAACGAUGUGAUACCAGAGCAAUUGUUGAACAUGAGGUCUUACAUGCACUAGGAUUCUAUCAUGAGCAAUCUAGAACAGACCGGGAUGACUAUGUCAAGAUAUGGUGGGAUGAAAUUCUUUCCGGAAAGGAGCACAAUUUUGACAAAUAUGAUGACAAAUUUAUUACUGACCUCAAUACCCCAUAUGAUUAUGAAUCAAUAAUGCACUAUAGGCCACUUUCCUUCAACAAGAACGAGAGUGUGCCCACAAUCACAACAGCAAUACCAGCAUUUAAUGAAGUCAUUGGGCAGCGUCUAGACUUCAGUGCUACAGACCUUCUACGUCUCAACCGAAUGUACAACUGCACCUUCACCCAUACUUUACUGGAUCAGUGCUCAUUUGAACUGAUUAACAUAUGCGGUAUGAUUCAAAACAUGAAUGAUGAUGCUGACUGGGUUCAGGAAAAAGGCACUGCGGACAUGCAGGAUCACACCCUACUUGGAAACUGCAGAGAUGCAGGUUAUUAUAUGUUUUACGACACAACAGCUGGAAACGACACAAGUGCUAUUCUGGAAUCACGCAUUCUUUACCCCAUGAGGAGUGAGCAGUGCCUGGAGUUUUUUUACAAGAUGACGGGCACCUCAAGUAGCACUUUGAGUCUGUGGAUAAAAACUGAUGAUGGGACUGGAAAUGUGCGCAAGAUGAAGAAAGUGCAUACGAUCAAAGGUGAUGGUGACAACUCCUGGAAUAUAGCAGUUGUUCCUUUGAAUGCCAAAGUCAAGUUUCGCUAUGUUUUCCAAGGAAUUUCUGGACAUGUUUCGAGUAAAGGUGGUAUCUCUCUGGAUGACAUCAGCCUCACUGAGACCUCCUGUCCUCAUGCAGUAUGGCAUAUAAAAGAUUUUACCAGUAUUCUUGAAAAUAACACAUAUGAUAAAAUGCUGAGCCAACGGUUUUAUAAUCCAGAAGGUUAUGCAUUUGGAAUCACUCUCCAUCCUAAUGAGAAAAAUAAUUACAUAGGAAUUUUUUUCCACUUGUGUAGUGGAGAAGAUGACAAAAUCCUUGACUGGCCAGUUGAAAACCGACAAGCUACAGUUACAAUAGUGGAUCAAGAUCCUGAUGUAAAACUGAGAAUGUCAUCCAGCAGGAGCUUUACAACUAACAACUCUAUUCCCUGGCAUAACCCACGUAAUACCGGAUCAUUUGAUGCCUCAUGUAACUGCUAUAGAGGAGAAAGCUUUGGAUGGGCGACCUUUAUUUCACAUAAGGAUAUAUUCCGAAGAAGUUUCUUAAAAAAUAAUGACCUCAUCAUUUUUGUAAAUUUUGAAGACCUGACUCCGCUUCUCAAAACAGAAGUGCCCAUUAAACCAGCAAUGCACAGAGAUACUGAGCCAACUCAUUACAGGGCAAAACGUGCUGCUAAACCCUUGGAAAGCAAUGAACCCUUUCAACCACAACUACCUGCUGAUCCCUGCAGUCCUAACCCGUGUAUUAACGAUGGCCUUUGUGUGAACAGGAAUGGAAAGGCCACUUGCAGGUGUGUUUCAGGACAGACUUUUGCGUAUGCUGGUGAAAGAUGUGAGAUGUCAAAAAUCCAUGGAAAUGUUAUUGGACUGCUGCUGGGAGGUGCAGCUGGGCUCAUUACUUUGAGUAUUGCUGUUAUAACAAUUCUAAUGAAAAGACGUUAUUAAAUGUAUGCACAUAUACUGUAACAAUUCUUAUCAUUGCCCACACAAUCCACUUCCAAAUUCUAAACUAUUGCUCAUUCUGUCAUGUCUGCCUCGUGACAUGAACUCAGAUCUAUCAUAUGCCCCUUAGAAGCCUCACAUUUUAAUAGCCAUUGACUUCUGAACUUGAAAUUGUUGGUAGAACAAGCAGGAGGCCCCGUGGUCCCCCUUGGACUACUGAUCCCCCAUAAAACAUAGUCAUCUGUUUAAAGUAAUAAUCAACAUUGAAUCGAAUUAACAAAUCAAAAAAACAUUUAUGUAAUAUGCACAAAUUAAAUAACA